AAAAAUGAGAGAACAGUUGAACACGGUAAAAGAGCAGCACGAUGAGUCCUUCAGAGACCAGAAAACCAAAAUAGACGAAUUACAAGCAAGAGUUGCACAGCUUGAAGGAGAACGUAUUUCACUGCAAGAGGAUUUUGAAAAAGAGAGGCAACGUAGCAAGCAAGAAAUGACCGAAAAAGACAAAGUACUGCAUAAAGGGGAAAUAGAGCAAGAAAAGGCAAAACAACAUUACGUCGAUGAUUUGAGAGACAAGGAGACCAGAUUGAAGAGAUCAGAAGCCAGUAAUGCAGAGUUAACUCGUGAAAAUAAGGAGUGGAGAAAAAGAAUUGCAGAGCUUGGAGAGGAGCUUCGUGCAAGACAGGAGGAUCACGACAAGGAGACACAACUUAGUAGGAAAGAGUUAGCUGAGAAAGAAAAGGAUAACGAAAAUUUGAACACUGAAAUAGAAAGUAAGAAACAUGAAUUGCGUCAUUACGUAGAAAGGUUCAAGCAUCAAGAAGAACAACACAAAAGUGACUUGUCACUUAAGGAGAUCGAAGUGAAAAAACUGAAACAAAGACUGUCACAGAGGGAAAAAGAGGUGAAACGUCUCAACGAAGAACUGGGACAGUUCAAAUCCAGGUUUGCUGGUAUCUGCGAAAAACGAGUGAAACAAGAUCAGAGGAAGGUUGAAAAUAUACUUGCAUCAAAUCAGCAGUCUGAAGUGGAAAACGACUUUAGAGAAUUUUUUGACAGUAGAAGAGAAGACGCCCGAGACAUAAUCCAGUCUUUGUAUGGAUCAGAAGAGGAGAUUGACGUUCACUUUUACUAUCCGAGAAUAGCAUGCACAAUAUUAGAGACUGCUUACGAGCACGCGAAGGAUGUCAAAGAAGCCGUGAUUGACUUGUUCAAGGUAGUAACGAAAAAUAUGGUUCUCCAUGCUCCUCAAGAGGGCUACAAUUUCAGGCUUAAAAGGACGGAGGGAAGUUUUGACAUUUACCCGAUCUCCAUUGAUGAUCUCAACGCUUCAGAGAAAUCAACAGAUGUCCUGGAUGCUUUGUUAAUUUCUUUGAAAGAAACAGCGCAUAUCUGUAACCUCGAGUGUCUAGAAAAGGACGUUACAGAAAGUUCCUGGAAAAAGUGGACUGAAUGGUUUGCCAAGGAUGCAUCAGUCGUGCACGCACCUACUCGAGAAGUAUUGGUUAAACUGGAUAGUUACAUCAAGGCAUGCAUUCGUUUAACUUGGCGAAUGGUCACACAGCUUCCUCCAUUGCAACUCGAAUACCAUUUCCCCAGGUUUGAUCGCCACAUUCACAAGAAAACGGCAUAUCUGAACUCGACUGAGAAAAACCCAGGAAAUGAAGAAAGCUUGGGUGAGGAGAUUUUGUGCUAUUUGUGGCCCGGCCUGCUUGAUGGAGGGGGUAGACUCAUUCUUCAAGGACAAGUUCUUUGCAAAAUGCAGAGAGAAAAAUUGAAAUAGGAGUGAUAAUUAACAGUUUGAAAAGGAAGUUCCAUUUUGUCCUAUUUUAGCCUUCGAUCAUUAACUUUUAAAUUAAUAAAAAACUUAAAAAACACUUUUACGUUAUUCAGUAAUUUUAAUUACUGGAUAAGCACUGUUACCGGUCCCUAGUUGACGAGAAUUAAUUGCCCUUUUCAUGGUUAACUUUUCUCAUUUGCAUUACAAUAUAAUUCAGCAUGUAGCUGAGACAAUAUCGGGCAAAUCAGAAAAGGGCUGUUGUAAUAGCUUUGUUACAAAUUGAGUACGGAAUUCCAUGCUUUGUUUUGUCGUUGCAUAUCAGAUAGUUUAAUUUCCUUUUUAAAAGCUACUAUACAUCGACACGUGCGAUUCAAUCCUAAUACAGAGACAGGCGAGCGGUAGAGGGGAAGUGGCGGAGCUCAAUAGUCUGAUAAAUACGACGUGCUUCGCCAGUUGAUGUAUGACUUAUUUAGGCUUGCCUUUCGGGAUCUUUCUUUCCUGGUUUUGGUUCAACCUUGAUGUAACUUCAAGGUCAUAUUAAUAGUUUGAUCUUUGUUUUCAAUAAAAGCACAAUAAGCUAUCGACUUAUUUUACUGAUUGACAGAUAAAUUUUAUCUGGUGAACAUGACGUAUUUAAACUUUUAACUCGAAGGUUCAUGAACAUCACGUGGGCGAAGGGUGCUUCGUCUAGGACGUCCUUGUAUUACUGACACUUACUCUUGGUUUAUUGUUAUCCGUUUAGUGUUUUUCGUCUUAAGCAUAACACCAGUUUGGCAUUUCGCUCCAUUUGAAAGUAAUAUGUCCACGUCUCUAUGGAAACUACGUUUUUGACGGAAAAAGAAUGAAAGCAACAAGAACAAAGCACACUAUAGACGUGCACUAUUUGGCGCUAACCAAACACUACAACUCUAAAGUAAGGACCUUUUUUUCUCAGUUUUUGGUUUCCAUCCUCAUCCCACUAUAUGACACUUCUUCAAAUCGUGGUUCUUUUAAGCAUCACACUCAAGCAAGUCAUGACGUCGCUCAAAGGCUAAUUGGCAUAAAAUCGGGAAAAAAUUAUAAUUUUUCACCUUCAUAGUUCAUUUGUAUCAACACGAAAUAUUUGCUUUACGUGUUGCGGUUCUUUACGUGCUGCGUCAGAUGAGCUGUUAUCAUUUGGUUGAUAGGAUUAAAAAUAUUUUAAUUAAAAAUUGGACUCCAAAAUGGCGCAUAACGAAUAUAGUAGUACGUGGAAAUUGAUGUAUUGUUGUUCCGGUCCUUUCACGAGUCUGGCUGGAGCGAUUGACAAUCCCUGAUUUGGGGUUUUGGAGAUAUCGUGAAAAUUUCCUUCUAGGUUACUUGACAUAAGUAGGGUUCUACAGGAAAAACUUAUGAACAUCGCGAGUCUCACCCGAGGGAUCACCAUGUCUAAUUUUGCUCGAAUAAUUUGUAAAAUAUCAAGGUGGUGGAUAUUCUGGAAAGAAACUGAUAUAGGUUACCCUUUAUACGUUUGGAUAUCUCACACGAUUUUGCGCUUGCCCUGUACUCAACCCUCACAUGCUAAAAUGAAAAUCUCUGGGUUUAGACAGAGUUGGGUGUCGUAUUGCGGAACAUCAUUCGGUGACAUUUUCGAUAAUUCACGGCAGUAUAUAUAUGUUAUUUGCCGGCUGGGAGGUCCGUAUGGUGAAAAACUGUGACCGAGGUCUUGAAAAUG